AUGGAACACUCAUCUCCGUUGGCGGCCAUGCAGCCGCCGUCCGUGAUGUUCGGUCACUGCUUUCGGGCAGAGCCUACUUCGUAUCCGUCCUUGUCGGGCUUCGGCCCCAAUAGCUUCAAUUUCAAGGAUCUGUCCAUGAAGAAGUCUGGUCCUGACUAUUUCAACAUGAACCCUCUGCGGGCGUCGUCGCCGACGGCCAGUUUGGCUGCGGACUUGUCACAGAACUUCCAUAUUGAUCAAAGCCCACAGCUUGCAACUCCCCGUCGGUCUUUGUUCACGUCGAGCAUGCUUGCUCAUGCCAAUGGAUAUGACGAUGUGAUGACAACCCCCCCGCUGCCUUCGUCCCCGGCCAUGGACGUGAUGGAAUUGUCUCCGCUGCCUCACAAGCCCGCCUUCGUUAUGACAACCGAGAUCGAAGUUCACUCGCCGUCACCAUACGGCAGUCCUAUGGUCUCCCCCUCUGGAAUCUCCCUUGCCGUCGGGAGACGUCGCCCUGGAUUCCUUCGACCUAGCCUUGCGAGAAGCAAGGCUGCGUCGUUCCAGCUUGGAAUGAACCGACCCACCCAGGAGAGCAAGGCUCCUCCUCCCUUCCGGUUCAGCUCUGCUGGAGUAAAGACCUCCUUGAGCACGUCUACUUCUCUCGAGGACAUGUUUGGGGAUUCUCCUCCCCAAGAGAGAUCCCUCUCUCGCAACGGUUCCUCGAACAAUCUCGCACCGCCGCGUCUGCGGCCGCCCUUCCACCAUGCUCGUAGCAGCAACUCACCUGCCCCUAGCUCCAUUCGCAAGCCCUCUCAUCCCUCGAUGCGCCCCCGCAAACAGUGUCGGCGCUCAUUGAGUAUGUUUGAGCAUCCAGCCGAUGUCAUUGCCGAAAAAGAGGCCAAGGUAUCUACAAAUGCACCCCUUCAGUCGAUCAGCGACAUGAACAGUCCGCCAAGCCUCCGGCUUCCUCACUUUGUCCCAGAGGAGAAGGCGGACAACCUGCCUCGCAUUAACAAGAGCACAUUCGUUGAGCUUUUGGAUGGAAAGUUCAACGACCGAUUCGACCAUAUCAUGGUCGUCGACUGCCGUUUCGAAUACGAGUAUGAGGGCGGCCACAUCAAUGGCGCCGUGAACUAUAAUGAUAAAAACCAAUUGGCCGGUGAUUUGUUUGGCUCCGUCAAGCCUCGCACUGCCCUCGUUCUGCACUGUGAAUACUCCGCGCACCGCGCACCUAUUAUGGCAAAAUUUAUCCGCCACCAUGACAGAGCUGUUAAUAUCGAUUCUUAUCCCAACCUUACAUACCCCGAUAUGUACAUUCUGGACGGGGGUUACAGUUCCUUCUUCGCCGAGCACCGAUCUCUCUGCUACCCUCAAAACUAUGUUGAGAUGAAUGCCAAGGAGCACGAGUUCGCCUGCGAGCGCGGAUUAGGCAAGGUUAAGCAGCGUUCCAAGUUGAACCGCGCUCAAACCUUCGCCUUUGGCCAGCACUCUCCUCAGAUGGAGGAUAGCCCGACUGGCCGCUGCAGACUCGGCAGCCGUCUCCCUUCAUCUCCCUUUGCCGAAAGCCCUGUUCCUCAACGGACGCCUGGUCGCCGAAUGCUUUCUUAUUGA